AUGUUCAAAUUAAGCUCUCGACUCGUCACAUCUAGGUUUGCUGCCUCUUCCAGACUUGCCACGGCUCGCACUAUAGUAUCGCCCAGGCCCUUUCCGUCAUGGAUCUCUUUUCCAGUCAAAAGAUUCAAUUCCACAGGAUCAAAUAGUAAUGAUAUCUCGGAAAUCCAAACCCAGUUGCCCUCCAUCGAUGAAUUGACCUCUUCAGCACCUUCUCUUUCAGCUUCCACUUCGGACCUUAUCGCUAACACGACGCAAACAGUUGGCGAGCUUUCUUCUCAUAUAGGCUAUCUAAAUAGCAUCGGUUUGGCCCAAACUUGGUACUGGCCUUCUGACGUUAUCCAGCACGUCUUGGAAGCUGUUCAUGUCUACUCCGGUUUGCCCUGGUGGGGGACGAUUGCCGUCUCCACCAUUCUGAUUAGAUGUCUCAUGUUCCCCCUCUAUGUUAAAUCCUCAGACACUGUUGCUAGGAAUUCCCAUAUCAAGCCUGAGCUGGACGCCCUAAACAAUAAGCUGAUGUCUACGACAGAUUUGCAGCAGGGUCAAUUGGUGGCUAUGCAAAGAAAAAAACUGCUCUCCUCGCACGGUAUUAAGAAUAGAUGGCUGGCUGCACCCAUGCUACAAAUACCAAUAGCUCUAGGGUUUUUCAAUGCAUUGAGACAUAUGGCAAAUUACCCAGUGGACGGGUUCGUCAAUCAAGGUGCUGCGUGGUUUACGGACUUGACCCAAGCAGACCCCUACUUGGGUUUGCAAGUAAUUACUGCCGCGGUUUUCAUCUCGUUUACAAGACUGGGUGGCGAGACUGGUUCCCAACAAUUUAGUUCCCCAAUGAAACGUCUUUUCACUAUUCUACCCAUCAUUUCGAUUCCGGCCACAAUGAACUUGUCAUCCGCCGUGGUACUCUACUUUGCCUUCAAUGGUGCCUUUUCUGUCCUGCAAACCCUUAUUUUAAGAAACAAAUGGGUUCGUUCCAAACUGAAGAUAACAGAAGUGGCCAAACCAAGGACACCCGUUACUGGCGCCUCUUCAACGGAAAAUAUGGGCAUUUUCCAAUCUUUGAAACAUAAUAUUCAAAAGGCGAGAGACCAGGCAGAAAGAAGGCAACUAAUGCAAGAUAACGAGAAAAAAUUACAGGAAAGCUUCAAGGAGAAGAGACAGAACUCGAAGAUCAAAAUCCUUCACAAAUCAAGUUUCAUUAAUAACAAAAAAUAA